UUUCCCUCUACUUAUUCUGGACGCAGCGUCCCCCUACUGUAGUAGCCCGGGCCUUUGUAUCUUUGCCCUCCAAAAUUUUUCUUUUCUUCCGUCCUAAACAAUCGCUUUCGCUUCAAGAACGCUCACGACCCACCCGACAAGCUCCUUCAGCACAUAGUAACCAUCCAGACGCGCGACCCAAGGGCUUCCACAUACCGCACGGUACGAAGUCUGCGCCAGCCGUCUUUUUCGUAUUACGUCUCUACGAGGCUCGCCCCUCAAACAACCCAACCUUCAGUAAUACCUAAUCUCUAUUCGUCGCCAAAGUCGUAAUGUCUCUUUCCGCCGAUCCCAGUGGUUUCUCCAGGCCUUCAGGCAAGACGCCCCCUCCGGCCCCCUCGGCCGCCUAUGCGAAGAGAGCGCGCGAAAUGCAGGGAGAGAGCAUGAUCGGGAGAUACAGGCCUCCUGCGCUGCGCGCUCUAGCUUCAGGCGGUUCCCCACCUAAUGACAAUUCUCCUUCGACCACAACUCCAGCGGAUGGCUCUGGUUUGCCUCCCAGCACUUACCCCGCAGGGUUCCGGAGGGCGAGGGCCGGGACCUUACCCUCCAACAUUUCCCUCGCCGCCCAGCAGUACGCUCAGGCCUCCAACCUCGGCAGCACGCUCCCCUCCACAGAGUCCUUCACCGAACAGCUCCAGCAUGCCGCCUCCCCCGCGCAGACCCCCUCGUCGGGCGUGCCCCCUAUGCGCCCCAGCUUGCGGCAUUCUGCUUCCGUCGCUUCUUCCGUGGCCGCGUCCGCCCUUACCGAACGUAACAGCCGCCUGCGUUCCGGCUCGUUGACCAUGCUGCCCUCUAAGGAUCUUUCCACUGCUUUUAACGGCGGCAGUAUCUUCGCGCAUUCCUGGCUCUCUUCCGGGAACAACAAUAGCACUUUUUCUCCUUUGGACGAGUUACGUUCUGUUACGUCAAUGGAUUCGGGAGCUGACGAAUUCGACGUUCACACCCUCGAUUAUCUUGGUUUGGACGAGACUCAUUAUCACCAUCACCGCCAGCCUCCUGCAGCUACGAUGUCUGAACUACGCCACCAGGCUCAGGCGCAGAUCGCAGGGAAUGUCGCAAAUCCUCCUCGUCUGCGUGCGAGCACCGUUUCGAACCCGUACCGUCGCAUGCCGUCCACCGCCGCCUCGCUGCUUUCUACCCCUAACGCAGAGGAGGAGGAAAUGUACGAGCAGCCGUACAACCAGCAAGGCCUCGACGCAUACGGCGAGAUGGUCAACGACGCAAACUACCUUCCCUCUUCCUACGUCGCCAAGGGCUUCAGGCAGAGCGACCAUCUCGGCGCGAAUCUCACCAGCAGUCGCCCCCGUGCUAUAUCGGUCGGGACACUCGACAAUCCCACGCCCAUCCCUCGUCGACCUGCUCCCACCCUGGAGCAGAUCCCCUCGCCAUAUGAGCUCACCAGCCCCAUGUCUGCAUUCGGUGGAGCUUCCGUCAAUCAGAUGGGCGGGUCUGCUGGGAUCUUGAAGUCGGACAAGAUGGGUGGUCCCAGAGGUGGAUCGUCACCCACGGUCCGCUUUCCCAACGGCGAAUUACCAGGCGUUAGGACGCCUACGUCCUAUUUGGGUGCCCCCUCUCAACAGGGCAGGGCCGUUUCGCCCAAGUCAGAACCUUCGACGCAGAUGCAGGCGCCGACGAGAUCGUUGUGGAUUGGGAAUCUUGAUAGCUCUGUCACGAGCGAGCAGCUUAUUCACGUAUUUGCUCCGUACGGUGCCAUUGAGAGCUUGAGGCUUUUACCAGAGAAGGAGUGUGGGUUCGUUAAUUUCGUGGAUCAAGGUGACGCUGUCCGCGCCAAGGAGGACGUCCUCAACCGUCUCGGUGGAAACAUCGGUAUGCCAAACGGUCAGACCGUUCGUAUCGGCUUCGGGAAAGCGGACAGCGCACCCGCCGCCCCUGGCAAGGGUUCGACUGCUGCUCCUCCUAGCAACCGAACUGCGACCACUGCCGCAAACAAGGACGCCGCGAACCCCGGUCUCAAUGGCAUGGAUGCCCAGCUCCAGUCUUCGCCCACUCGUGCUCUCUGGAUCGGCUCGAUUCCUUCGACCACUACUCCCGCGACCAUCUUGAGCGUGUUCAGCCCUUACGGUCCCAUCGAGUCCGCUAGGGUCUUGACUCACAAGAACUGCGGUUUCAUCAACUUCGAGCGCUUGGACGACGCUGUCAGAGCCCGUAAAGCUCUCAACGGGCGUGAUGUCUUGGGUAGCGACGUUGGUGCGAUCCGAAUCGGGUUCGCGAAGGUCCCUGUCAAGAACGGGCAGGAAGGUGCUGGUGCGCCGGAGGAAGCUACCGGUGUCAGUGUCCAGGGUAUCGGUGACUUGAGCGUCGGUGCGACCAUCCACGCUUUGCGCAGCGUCAAGGGUGCCUCUACGAUUCCUGUCGACCAGCAGGUGCUCGGUGGCGCAGUCGAAAACUAUCGCUCGAAUUUGCUCCUCAGCAUGAUCAGCAACGGCACCCACAACACCGCGUUCGUUAACGAUGGCGCGCCUAAGCCUGCGGGCUGGACGCCGAAUGUGACGGAGCAGCAGAUGAUUUUGAAGGAACUCGCGGGUGGUAGCUCAGACGCGGACGCUGAUAUUCAGGUGGCUGCCGACUUCCGUCCUCCGAUGAUGUAUUACACGACGAUCCCGCCGGUCUCCGAGAGGCCUCACACUAGGCGCUGGGACGCGUCUAAACUCAGGGAGCUCCGUAAGAGGAUGGACUCGAACACUAUCUCUGAUGAGGAAAUCGAACAAGUCGCUGCUGACUUCCUCGAUGGAGAGAUCGUCGACCUUGCGUCGGACUGGUUGGGCAACACGGUUGUCCAGAAGUUGUUCGAGAAGUGUUCUGCUCCGGCACGCUUGGCGAUGUUGGAACGCCUUGGUCCCCAUCUCGCCUCGAUCGGGAUUCACAAGAAUGGGACUUGGGCUGCGCAGAAAGUCAUUGACUGUGUGCAGACCCCAGAGGAGGUGGCGUUAGUCGCAUCCAACUUGCGAGCUUACGCGCCUCCUUUGCUGCUCGAUCAGUUCGGCAACUACGUUGUGCAGUGUUGCUUACGGUUCGGUCAGCCCGCCGAUGACUUCAUCUUCGAUGCCAUGGUAGAUCGUCUGUGGGACGUUGCUCAAGGCCGUUUCGGCGCUCGUUCCAUGAGGGCUUGCCUGGAGAGCCCUCAUGUGACUGUUAGCCAGAAACGACGCAUUGCGACUGCGAUCAUCUUGAACUCCAUUCCUUUGGCCACGAACCCUAAUGGUGCCCUUCUUCUCACCUGGCUCCUCGAUACGUCCGGCUUCCCCUCUCGCUACCUUCUCCUGGCGCCUCGCUUCACCCCUCACCUUUCGCACCUUUGCACUCAUAAGCUCGCGUCUUUGACCGUCUUGCGCAUCGUGAACCAGAAAGUGGAGCCUCUGGCGUCUGCCCAGAUCGUCGAUGCUUUGUUCAACUCUCCCGCGGACCACGUCCUCACCGAUGUCUUGGGCGAUCAAGUGAAUGGUGUGGCUGUGGUCCACAAGGUCCUCACGAGCCCCUUCAUUGAUCCUUCUCAAAGGCCCGCUUACAUCGAGGCUACGAAGCGCGUCCUCAUCGAGCUGAAGGUCAUCGCUACCCAGGCUUACCGCCGCCUCAUCGAGGAAGUUGGUCUUCCCAUCCCCAACCUUCAGCCGAACUUCCCGAACGGUGGUGCGACUUCGACUCCAGGCGCCAAGCCCAAGUUCAGCUCCCCGUCGUCUCCGUAUGGGAUGACCAGCCUUCCUUCCGGAUAUUCCGCUCAUGACCAGAAUCUGGCCUCCAUGAUGGCCGCGCUGCAGAUGGGCGGACAAAACCCUCAGUCGGGCCCUCCUCAGCUCUCCAUUGACCCUGGUUACAACACCAACGCGAACAAUCAUGGCCAGCACCAACACCAAAAUAUGCAUACGCCUCGUAGCGCCCGUGGCUCUAACCCUGCAUCUGCGUUUUCUCCCGCAACGGAUCCUUUCAACCCCUUCGCGCUGCGCUCGCCCGAGAUGGCGAGCCCUAGAUCUGCCGUACGUCGCCAAGGCUCGAUGAACAAUAUUCCUUCCGCAUCGUCCACGCCCAUUCCGCAAGCUCCCUAUGGAUCUCAGUCUCCCGGACCCAAUGCGAACAGCCUUCUCGGUAUGAGCCAGCCCUCGUACGGUGGGAUGCCACCACAGUCCAUGCCGCCUCAGGCCUUCCAGCAGCAGGCCUACAUGUACAUGUAUCAACAGAACCCUCAGAGCAUGGGAACAUACCACGCUUGAAUGAAGACGGCCGCGCAAUUCUUACUAUCGCAAUUUCUGUUCACAUCACAAAUCAUCAUCUACGUUUCGUCUCGCACGUCAAGCUGUCUCGCAUUCUAUUCUCUUUCUCUCUUUCCCUUUAUCUCCGUUCUCUCUUUUCUCUUACCCCUUUUCUCCCUCCUCGUUUCAUGUUCAUCUAUCCACGUUAUCAAAUAUCAUUUCCUCCAACUUCACGUUGUCUUUCGCCAUCGUUGGGUUUUGGUUCGAUGCUCGCAAUUGGUUACCAUCUGUUUUAUCUUCUCGAUACCCCGGACUUGACCGACGCCGCCCACAAUGACCACCAGCCCCCACCGCCAAUCCAUUGCCUACCCAUCUCAGUCACUUCUUAGGCAUCCACGCCCUCGCUAGCUAUUCAGAUCGAUCGCAUUUUCUUUUAGGAUAGUAAAAAUUCAUUCUGUUCGGACGAAGGACGAGGAUCUGGAUCUUGCGUCGUGUCGCUUUUGUUCGACGCUACAAGGGCGUUUUUCUUUCCAUCUAAAUUUCCCCUAUAGCUUCGUUUUGUUUGAUUCAGUGUUUAACGUGCAAUAUUGAUGUCUUUACCGUCUGCCUCUGGACGUCAUCUUUCUCUUUGUCACCUCUCUUCUUUGGUUUGACUUGUUUCUCUCGUUCUUGAUUCUGGUUUUCUUUCUUUCCUUUUCUUUUCUAUUCUUUCUCGUUCAGUCUUCGGUCUCAGCUUUCCAGGUCACGACCCGAUUCGACUCCCUUUGUGUAUACUACGCGCCCCGCGCUGGCUGGCAAAGCGAAAAAAUGCAUAUAUAGAUGAAUCACGUUU